AUGGCAUUGAAACAUACUUCUCGACCACACCGUAAACGUACCAAACCGUUGAUACCACAACCGUUCGAAACCAUAUCUAUCAACCGACUACCAGUCUGGUUAACAGGUCGAUCGCCGGCACUAGAAUCAGGAAAAUUCUACCCCGAGCUCGACGUCAAUCUCUACCGAAACCAAUUGAGCGAUGAGAAGCAUGCAGAUCUGGAUGAGCGAGCAAGUACGUUGCGAACGCGAGCUGUACGAAAUCAGGUACUUGAGGCUUCGGAGUUCAACUGGGAAGUAGAUGCAUGGCGCGACGUAUUCAGUUUGAUUAGGGACGAUGACACAUUCCGAAUGUUAGACAAACGACCAUACGAAUUCAUCGAAAAAGACGGGAAUAACAAAAUGUCUGUCAAAAGACGUAUACCUGAUGCGACCAUGGGUCUAAGGACCUUUAGUGGCUCAGACAUCGACCAUGGUUACAUAUGCGAAGUGGAUGAUUGCAAGAUUAAUCACGACAGUAUGCAACCCAGCGAGUCUCUGUGGGAUGACCGAAUCGAUCGCCAGUUGCUUGACUCGGGGUGUGGGUUGAUAGUUGAUGGGGUAUGGGGCGAGUCAAAUCUCAUAUUUCCGUUUGCUGUAUAUGAAGCGAAGAAACGCGCGUCCACUUGGGAGAAAGCUGAGGCCCAAGUUUACCAUGCUUUUAAAGUUUAUCUGGCCAUGCUUGACGACCUAGCUCGAGAUCCUUCGGACGUCACAAGAUAUCAGUGUGAAGAGAGUACGCAAUACCAACUCUUUGGCUUCACCUCUUGUGGGUCAUCCUGGAGAGUAUACAUAGCAUGCUAUUCCUUAGAAAUGUGUCACGCGGAAACCAUAUGGGAGGGCGAUGUCAAGGACUUCAGUCGGGCGUAUGAACUCAUCUGUCUCGUGGAUCAAAUCCAUGAUUUCGCUGCUAAUCAGCAUCGCAAAUUCGUCAUCGAACAUCUUGAAAGAUGGCUCGUACAUUGCGAAGAGCACGACCCGCCACUAUAUCAGACAGAUGACGUUUUGAGAUAUCUAGCUGAUCCGAUAUGGUUGAAGAUCAAAGAAGCAUCUACAAAAGCCAGAUAUGCCAAAUCCGUCAACACUCGUUUGCAAAACAAGCUCAAAAUGAGAGAAAAUACUCAUGGUCGUCAUUCAAAAAGACCGCAAAAAGGAAAGAUGACCAGAGUCUCAAGCACGAUCCAGAUCCAGAAGAGGCGUAACAGUGGUCAUCAAUCAAACACGGCGAACGGGUCGAAGCCAAAGCGGCCCCGUGGACGACCUAGGAAAUCUGCGAAGACGCCAGUUAAUCCGCCAUCCAACACUACUACUAGAAAAACCCGAAAUCGCGCAUGA